ACAGCAAAUAAACUUCAGCAUUACAUACCAACCAAAGAACUCAUUGAUCUUGAUGUAAACAUGAAGUUUUGUCAAGUAGAGUGGUGUGACAAGAAUAGGACUGAAAGAGCUACUUCUGUUUCUGUUGCUCUGAGUUUCAAUUCAUUUUUGCAAAGUUUCUAUGAGGGUCAGUGUGAAGCGUUACUGCCGCUCAGUCUAAGCGUAUCUGGUGGACUGGUGGAGGGACGCAGAGCCAGACACUAUCGUCUAGAUGUGUCAACUCAAGAGGAUUAUCUCAACGUGUGGGUCUGGUCUGGAAGGAGGUGGACUACAGUAUAUAUUGACCUCAGUUUGAGGGAAAGAAGCACAACAAGCCUUCGAGAGAAAGCAAAGAGCAAGCCUUCAAGAAACCAACAGCUUGUCUACAGCGAGACACAAACUCCAAGGCACCAUGAAGACUCUGACUCUCCUCUCCAUCUGUGCGCUUCUGUCGGUGUGCUGGUCCAUGGGAGCCGUUGAGCCCGAGGUCGUAGUUGACGAUGUUGCCGACACGUCUGCUGAAGCUGCAGCUGCUGACCCCGCAGCUGCUGACCCUGCAGCUGACACCGCAGCUGCCGCCCCGGAUUCAUCCUCCUCAUCCUCUGACUCCUCUGACUCUUCCUCCUCCUCCGAGUCCGAUUCAGCCUCGUCCUCUGCAUCUGACUCAAACUCCUCCUCUGACUCUUCAGCAUCCGACUCAAACUCAAGCUCCGACUCUUCAGCCUCUGAUUCGUCCUCUUCCUCCUCCUCCUCCUCCUCCUCGUCCUCCUCCUCCUCAUCCUCCUCUUCCUCCUCCUCUGAAUCCUCUUCCUCUGAAUCCUCUUCCUCUGAGUCCACCUCUUCUGAGUCUGACUCCUCAGCAUCUGACUCCUCUGCUUCUGACUCCUCUGCUUCUGAUUCUUCCUCUUCUUCUUCAUCUUCCUCAUCUUCCUCAGAGUCAGCCAGUACUGAAGCUUCUCAAGUGGUUGUGAAGAGAGACCUGGCUGCCGUCCUCCUGAGGAGAAGAAGAGCUGCUCCAGCAGGAGACCUCAGCCCCCUCCAGUUGGAAAGCCUCAGAGAGGUGUGUGAGCUGAACAUCGCCUGUGACGAGAUGGCUGACACCGCCGGCAUUGUGGCAGCUUACGUCGCCUACUAUGGACCCGUCCCCUUCUAAGCACAAGACUCUUCUCUCAUCCACAUGCGAACUGUUUUCGAUAUAAUUUUGUCAUUGAACAAUGCAACAGCUCCCCUGAAUCCUGAUUGAAGGAGCAGACAGUUAAAAUUGGGUUUGGCCCAUGUUGUGAUGGUAAAUGGAGAUUUUAGGCACAAAUCCUUGCACAAGUGACCAGCUAUAGUGGUCUUAUAUAGAUAUAUAUAUAUAUAUGUAUAUGGAAAGGCCUCUUCCAGGCUUUCAGAGAGAGGCACAUGGAAACACAAGCCUGUGAAGUAUGUAGUAGCCCACAAACGUUUAAAUUAUUCUUUAUGUCUUUAGUAUAAUACAAUGAAUGAUGUUACAAGUACAUAUGUGUUGUAUGUUAAUGUAUUGAUAUUUUUAUAUCAUGCUUUCGUCUUACUUUUAAUAGACGAAGUGGCUCUAGUAAGUAUUGGAUAUAAUAAUGAGCUCUUAAAAGUACUGUAGUUCUAACGGUAGUGUAUUGAUAGUGACAGUGUACAGUUUGUGUAAAGUGCACUUCAAUUAUCUGUAAUGACU